CAACAGGUUGAUCUGGAUUUCCAUCAAGGGUUCCACCCUCCUCCGUUUAAUGAACAUCGCAGAACAGGUGUUUGGAAUUCAUUACCAGCCCACGAGCCCAAGGAGACGGGAAUUGCACCAGCCCGGCUCCACUGCUCUCCCUCUCUCGGAGGCAGCAGCAGCAGCGGCCACAAACCUUCAGCCCUUUUCUCCCUCCGCCUUUCCCUUCCCCGGAGCCGCAGCCCGGGCAUGACCAACCCCUGCUCUGCCUUCUCCAGCGGCUCCCUGUGCUCCGGGGAGGCGUCGGGCAGGAUGAGCCGCGGCAGAGCCGCCGGGAGCCCGUCCUCAGAGCGCCGCAGCCCCGAAGGGGUGGCCAGCGACGGCCGGGGCUCGGGCUCGGUGGGCACCCUGCGCUGCUCGCCCUACUCCCCGUUCUCCGGCGACGGCCGGAUCCCGGCCCCCGUGCGCCUGGACAUCGACACCGACUUCCAGGCCGUGCGGCAGCAGGAGAAGGAGGACAUCAAAGUGCUCAACAACCAGUUCGUGACCCUGAUCGAGAAGGUCCAGAGCUUGGAGCAGCAGAACAAGAUCCUGACGACCAGGUGGAACUUCCUGAAGGACCAGGACAAUUCCCACUCUGACUCGGACAUCAAGGCCAUCUACGAGCAGUACAUGAGCAAAAUGAACCAGGAGAUGAAGGAGCUCAACUACGAACAGGAAAACCUGGAGUCGGAGCUGGCAAAGGUCCUGAGCACCAUGGACACCUUCCGGAGCAAGUACGAGGAUGAAAUUCGCCUCUGCAGCGGGAUGGAAUUCACCUUCAUGGAGCUCAAAAAGGAUUUGGAUGUGAGCACCUUGCACCGCACGGAGCUGGAGGUGAAGCUCAAAGGGCUCCAGGAGCUGCUGGAGCUGAAGAAAACCAUCUACGAGCAGGAGCUGGAGGAGCUGCUGACGGAAAUCAAGGACAUUUCCGUGGUGCUGGGAAUCGACAGCUGCUCCCGGCCGGACCUGGGCAGGAUCGUGGAGGACGUCAGGGCCCAGUACGAGGCUCUGGCCCUGCGGAGCUGGGAAGAGGCCGAGGCCCUCACCCGGAGGAAGCUCACCGACAGCAGCUCCCAGCCCGGCUCCUUCGGGGGGCACCUGCUGGACGGCCGCAGGGAAAUCGCCGACCUCAACAUCCGCAUCCAGAAACUCCGGUCCUGCAUCGUGUCCCAGAAGAGCCAGUGCCUGUACCUGGAGGAGCACAUCCGCGAGGCCGGCGAGCAGGGCGAGGGCACGCUCCGCGAUGCCAAGGCCAAGGUGGCCGGGCUGGAGGAGGCGCUGCAGCGCAGCCGGGAGCACAUGGCUCACCUGGUGCGGGAGUACCAGGAGCUCAUGAACAUCAAACUGGCCCUGGACGUGGAGAUCCUCACCUACAGGAAGCUGAUGGAAGGGGAGGAGAACAGCAUGGAGCAGCCCAUUCCCACCGUCAUCAGCGCUGUGCACUCCCGGCCCAAACCCCUUUCUGCCAGCACCCUGCGGAAUUCACGGCUGUUUGCCGGGCGCCCGGGGCACACGGAGCCAAGCGCAGGCGGCACCGGGAGCCCCGGGAGAGCUCGGGAUGUGCCGGGGACUCCGGAGCCCGGGAGCUGGCCCAAACUCCGCCCUGGAGCCGCUGGGGAAUGUUCGUAGGAUGAUGGGAUGGACACAGAUCCACAGAGGCGCCUGGGAAGCUCUUCCUCCUGAACUCCAGCCCACAUCCGAGCGAUGAAGGAUGAGGAGCCUGCCCAGGCUGUCCCGUGUCUUUCCACCUUCCCAGUUCACAGCUCCACUCCCAGUUACAGCAGGAACCAGCCCAGGACUUUAGGGACUCUCCCAUUUCCCUUCACCUUCCUCUCCAGGGCUCCCUUCCCGGGGGAUCUGCGGUCACCCUUUGGGAUGUGCCUGGCAGGAGGAAAGCGUCCCUGCCCCGGUUUUAGCAGCUGCCAUCGCUCCCUUUACUGGUGUUGCCAAACCCUUUCCCUGCUCCCUUGCAAGGAAAGCACCAUCCAGCUUUCCACACUGGCGGAGAGGGAGGAAACCAACCCCAGGGAUGGAUUUGUCACCUGGAUUGUCAGAUCUGGUGACACCCUGGGGAGCCCUUGGCCACCUCAGGGCAUUUCCCUGCAUUUGGGGGGGCCCUCAUUCCUUCUCCAAAGCUAAAAUGCCUCAAACUCUUGAUUUCCAUCAUCCCUCCCUCUCUCCAGGCUCCACACAGGAGUUCCAGCUCCUAAAAUCGGGGUUUUGGUUCCUCUUUAACUGCACUGGGAACAGCCCAGUUUGGGUGGGAAGGGACCUCAAAGCUCAUCCCAUUCCCACCCCUGCCAUGGCAGGGACACCUCCCACUGUCCCAGGCUGCUCCAAGCUCCGUCCAGCCUGGCCUUGGGCACUUCCAGGGAUCCAGGGGCAGCCACAGCUGCUCUGGGAAAUCCAUCCCAGGGCUUCCCCAUCCUCAGAGGGAAGAAUUUCCUUCCUAAAAUCAAAUCCAAAUCUUCCCUCUUUCGGCCUAAAGCUGGAAAAACUCCCUUGCCUUUGUAUUUAUUGACCUCAGCUUGUACCUGACCCGGCUGCCCCCGUUGGCAAAUCCCAAUCCCGAUGCUCCAAGAGCUCCCGGAGCCAGUCCUGGAAGUGCCGCAGGUGGGGGAUGCCGUGGCCUUGGCUCAGCCAUCCCUGCGGCCUCUGCCCAACCUCAGCCAGAAUCCUGCAGGAUUUUCCUUCCUGGCUGCAGCCAGAAUUCCCGAAUUCCCAGGUUCCAUUCCCACGUUCCCGUAGGCUAGGAAGCACGGCUCUGGCUCGCGGGGUUUGGCUGUUCCAAUAAAGUUCUGUCACUCGGAAUCCGUCCUGUCCCUGGUUUUCUCCCAGCUUCCCCUCGCAGGCACCUGGAGCAGCAGCUCCUUCCCAGCAGGGCUCACCUGGGGGCGUUGGAAUUGCAUCCCUGGCACUGGCCUGGGCACAUCCCCGGGGUGAGGGGCACGGAGCCAGACACGGUGUGGGAUGUGAGGGGAACGCACUCAGCACUGCUCAGCUUCCCCUUCCCAAACUGCUUCUGCCCCUCUCCGAAGGGGAAUCCCUGCACACCUGAGCACCGAGUUUCCCUGCAACCCCUCAUUCCAGAGGCGUCCUUUUGGUGCUCCUUUAUCCCCUGGCUGAUCCAAACCAGGCCAGGCUCCCUGGGGUGCUGGAGGACACAAAUUUGGGAGCAGCUUUGCUGUUUGCUGCUCACUCUGCCCUUCCCAAACUCCCCCUGCCCCUCUCCGAAGGGGAAUUCCUGCACGCCUGGGCCAGGUCCAUCCUGGGCACCCGCAUUUCCCUGCAGCCCAUCAUUCCAGAGGUGCCCUUUUGGA